CGUUGACAAGCUAGCUAGCCAGAUCGCGACGCAACGCCAUUGCCAAGCGCCUCGCGAGAGAGCAUCAGAACCUGGAAACGAUAGGUUUCGGCAAUCGCGAGGGUGUGCUAGAAUUAUGGGGGUUUAGAGGCCAUGGAACCGGGGGAUUUGGCUAUAUAUGGAGUGCGAGCAUCGCGGGGGAAGAUGUUGUGCAGGGAGCGGAAUCAGAUGUAGGGCAAUGAACAAUUCCGCACUCAAACGUGAGAUCACUGACGCAGGGUGCUAAACGUGGAUUUCGAACCAUGCGCCCUUCUCGCGUUCUCUCCGGGAAGCGGCCUCGCGCGCAGGAGGCUUUGCUUGCGCUUCCUUCUUCCUGGAUGGGUGCAGCUCGCUGGGCUACGCUCCUCUCACGCUGUCUGCGCUCCAGCCCAGUGCAAGAUUGCGUCGCGCUGGCCCUUUCUCUGCUCGUCUCUCCUUUCGAUCCUCCUGCGCUGGGAUCGUCGGAAUGCCGCCCUUCCUCCAUUGCAAUCCGGAGCCUGCUCUUGUUGUUCCGUCCCGUGCCUCUAACUCCUAAAUGCUGCUUCUUGAUCUACAGGUUUAGUGGGUUCAGGCUGGAACAUGCCUUGUGAGAAAAUAGGUCCGUGGUAUGGAACCCGUGGUGCUACUCCAGGCUUGUGUUGGAUCUUUGUAGGACCGCGGCUUGUGUAUUGUAGCAAUCUAAGAUGAUCACGUUGAAGAACGUAUAGUUCAACUCCGGCAAGGUCACGGCCAGGAAAUUUUUCCCUUUCUCCUAGAGUGACAGAUGCCAUCCCUCCUUGAUUGCAGGUUUUGUCCUUAAUUAGAUGGUUUGUAGAAGCCGUCUUCACUUGCGGUUGCGCUACAAUGUACCCAAGGCCCUGCAAAUCAGCACCGGAAUGCCUUUUAAGCACUGCUUUGGGGGCUUAUGUGAAGCGAGGCUAUGACAUGACAUGUAACAAAGUGAGAUGGGUGGUGCUACUAGCUAUCGAUAGUUGUACAUUGUAGAAAGCUGCAUUCAACCUGCUGCACAGGCUCAAGAAGAGUGAGCGACCAAACAAUGGACGAUGGCGACAGGGGAUGGCCUUUGUGUCAACAUGCUAUCCAAGCCAGGUAUCGAGCCUUGGAAUCAAAAGACGGCGAGACCAGGUGUUGGAGACUGAAAUCCAAGCAUCUGGGUUAUGAUGCAAUGCUGCAACAGCUUCCCGCUACGCUUUCAAGGUCUCAGUCCAUUCGAGAAGCGUACUCACGAUCGCGGAAUCUUCAGCGAAUGCUUCGACGCGCUGGGUUAGCAGACAUGAACGGUAGAGGGUCGCAGUCUGUUCCUGUGUCGUCACCAUCCUCAAGUGACUCACAACCCGAAGCACAUGCAUCGGCACCUCAUGAUCUAUCAGGAUUGAAUAUCUAUGCCAUUGGUUCAGUAGAAGAAGAAGAUCCUGUUGCCAGUUCUAGUAGCACAGUCAGGUCGAGUGUCAAGCUUGAAGCUUCAAGAAAGGAUUCCAAGCCUACCAUGUUCCUUGCCAAGCAAUUCAAGAUGAUUUCAAAUAGUGCAAACAGGUCCCCUCGAAGAAAUAUCAAAAUUCUGGGUAAGGCUCAUGGUGAAAACUACGAUGAAGCGAGCUUUACUGUGUGUAGUGCUGAGACGACAUCUGCUGCUGAAAAAAGUGAACGUGGCCAACUGGAGAAUCGUAUGCAAAUGCAUGAUCGCGUGAGAGAGUACUUUGAUGAUUCAGCCUUCAAUUCCAGUACAGAGAACUUUGCACUUCAAUGCGCCUCCAUUGUGGAACAAGGUUCGUUGUCCAAAUCCCCGGGGCGGUGUUUGUCUAAUUCGUGCCUUUCAAAAGUGGAAUCAGAGCUUUCAGUCCCCGAAACUAUUUUGUCUGCCACGCCGGACAACAGAACAGGUUGUAGAUCCAAGCUUUCCCCGACGAAAAGCCAGGAACUUUUCGGCUCCUUCGAUGUUGAAGAACUUGGCAUCAUUGAGAAGGAACAUUCGAUUUCUUCCCACUCGUCGAGUUUCGACCAACAAGACCUCUGUUACAGUCCAGACGAAUCCCUGAACAGUUCAAGCUCGGAUGCCUAUUCACCGGUUCAAUACUCAGACACAUCGUCGCAGGAGUGGAGUGCGAAUCGCGAUCACAACUCAGGCCGAUCACGUCAGCGAAGUCGAAUCCUACGUCGCAUGAAGGUAACAAGCCCCUCGUCCUUGUUUCGGGAUGGUCCUCACGACAACGGGGUGGAGUAUCGUAAGCCACGAGGCGAAUCUUCAACCAAAGCAGCCGUUCCGAAUCAGAGAAAACCCAGCAGAAAAAUGGUGCCCACUAGCUCACACCCAAAUGCAAAUCCCAGCCCAAAUUCCAACUCAACCCCUCCUCCGAAAAUGGAAGCAAGUUACAGCCAGAAAACCCUUCACAUCGCGGGCAUGUUCUCUAGCUUCCGAUCAGCUGAAGGUUGCGUUUCCAUCUCGCAAAAAGAAGCUGUAGCGGCGUUUCAAGACGACAUUGCCCACAUGAUGCUUGAGGAGCAGGACAGUGACGAGGUGGCCGACAUCGAGGAGUUUCUCGACGGCUACAUGCACCUUAAAUCUCCGUUCUAUCUCGAGGUUGUGGAGGAAUUCUUCCGAGCGAUAAGCUACGAUUGUUACCACAGACCCUAGGGAGCAAGGCGAUCACGGAAUUUCUCACGGCAUUAAAACCCCCACCUUAAUUUGUUUCUAUUCUUUUGGGGUUCUUUCAUUGCACACCCAUCUCCGCAUUGUUCAUAAAUCGAUCAUUCUUCCUUCUGGGUCGCGCGAUUAGUCCCUAUCUGCAACGCGACGCGACGGGAAUUAGGGCUAGAUUAGGGUUUCGUGACUGGGGCGAAUCAGAUUUCUUCCGCGCGCCUUCCUGUUGACAUUUUGCAUUCUUUUGAACUGGGGAGUAAUCAAUAUCAACCCCUAAAAUAGACUUUCCCCUUUUGGGGUCUUCUCAAAUGGAUGAAAUGGCUUCAUUGUGUUGUA